AUGGCCUUUUCAAACCAUAAAGACAAGGGGACGACUACCGGAGUCUUGGACACUCUAGGGCUGAAGACGGAAGGUCCCCAUGAUGUCCAGGAGGGUAUGAUGGCUGACAAUGCCGACAACCUCCAGCGUCAUCUUGGAAACCGUCAGAUCCAAUUGAUUGCCAUUGGUGGUUCGAUCGGAACAGCCUUGUUUGUCAGUAUUGGAACAGGUCUGUACAACGGUGGUCCCGGCAGUCUGUUCCUGGCUUUUACUAUUCAAAGUAUUUUCUUAGCUAUGAUCAAUAACUGCAUUGCCGAGAUGAGCACCGCUUUCCCCGUCAGUGGAGGUUUUAUCCGCUUGGCUGGUAAAUGGGUUGAUGAUGCGCUCGGCUUCAUGGUCGGCUGGAACUUCUUCUUCUACGAGGCUCUUUUGAUUCCAUUUGAGAUCUCAGCGUUUACUUUGGUUUUAUCUUUCUGGAGUGAAAAGAUCACUGAGCCUGGCCCCGUUGCGGGAAUCUGUACUGGUAUUAUCUUGUGUUAUGGUUUCCUCAACAUUCUGGCAGUCAAAGCCUACGGUGAAGCUGAAUUUUGGCUCUCCGGAGGCAAAGUCAUCUUGAUCUUCUCCUUGUUCUUCUUCACCUUCAUCACCAUGGUGGGCGGAAACCCGCAACAUGACGCCUACGGUUUCCGUUACUGGAACAACCCUGGCGCAUUCAUGGAAUAUCUCGAUACGGGUGCUCUUGGUCGCUUUGAAGGUUUCUUGGGAUCUUUGUGGUCUGCUUGCUUUGCCGUGGUUGGACCCGAGUAUAUCUCCAUGGUCGCUGCGGAAGCCAAGCGCCCUCGUAUCUACAUCAAGAGUGCCUUCAAGACGGUGUACAUUCGAUUCGGAAUUUUCUUCAUUGGUGGUGCUCUGGCUGUGGGAAUUGUUUGCUCUGCCCGGGAUCCAGUAUUGACCAAGGUCGUCAUGGGAGAGACCAGUGGCUCUUCUGCAGCUGCCUCGCCAUAUGUCAUCGGCAUGCGAAACAUGGGAAUCGCAAUCUUCCCGUCCAUUGUCAACGCUCUCCUACUGACCUCAAUCUUCUCGGCUGGUAACACCUAUACCUACUGUGCUAUUCGUACCCUGUACGGCCUUGCACUUGAGGGAAGAGCCCCGCGUAUUCUCACAUACACCACUAAGAAGGGUGUUCCCAUCUACUGCUUUGCAAUUGUCAUGGUCUUCCCGAUUCUGUCCUUCCUGCAAGUCUCGAACAGUUCUUCCAUCGUCAUUACUUGGUUUGCCAACCUCGUCACAGCCGGAGGCUUGAUCAACUAUAUUGUUAUCUCGCUUACCUACAUCUUCUUCCAUCGCGCAUGCAAGGCGCAGGGCAUUGAUCGGAGAUCUUUCUCCUACUUCGGACGUCUGCAGCCAUUCUGCGCCUAUGCAGCAUUCGUCUGGAUGAUCUUGGUUACCAUCUUGUACGGAUAUCCUUCGUACAAGCCAUGGAACCUCUCCACUUUCUGGUCCGAUUACACGAUGCAAAUCGUCAUCCCUCCCCUUUUCCUCAUCUGGAAGAUCAUCAAGAAGACAAAGUUUGUGAAAGCCCAUGAGGCUGAUCUGGUUUGGGAGCGCCCCCUUAUUGAUGCCUACGAGGCUAGCUUUAUGGAUCCCCCCGUUGGCUUCUGGAGGGAAGUGGGCCAAAUGUUUGGCUUCCGCCGGAUCAAAGGUGGCAAUGACAAGCGUCGUGUUUCAAUUGCCCAACCAUCUUCCAAUGGUGUCGAAGAAGAGGUUGUGGCGUGA